UAUAUAAUUAUCAGACGUCAGUUUUGACGUACAUACAGAGUGUAGUCUGUACUAGAAACAAAAGUCGCACUCUAUUGGUGGGUACUACAUAGAUGGUUCUAAGAGAAGAUUAAAGAAAACAAAUGUAUGUUAAAAACUCAGAUUUUCAGGGUUUAUUUGUGAAAUAUUCAUAAAAAAUAAACCAUACCAUGGAAUUUUACAAAAGCCAACGUACGCCGUAAAAAUGACUUACGUCGUAGUAAAACUUUUUAUAGGCAAGUUCUCACAAAAAUAAAACUGAACUAAUCGACCCUUAUUAUAAAAGAAUUUUUCAGGAAAUUGUAUGAUAUGGUUUAUUUAUAUUAUUGAUGGAUAUUUUAAAAAUUAACCCGAAAACCCCUGAGUUUUUGGCAUACAAAUAGGUCUAAGAAAUCUAUUAUUUUUGCCCCUUGUACCAUCCUGUAGUACCAUCCCGUAAACUACGUUUCUCUAAGAGAAAAAUAACCUAUGAUCGAAAAAUACCUUCUCAGCUUUAUAUCAAAGCUAAAAUUCGUAAACUGCAUUAUCUAAUGCAAAUUAUUAGUACUAUACAACUUAACAACAGACACAAAUGAUACAUUAUUGAUCCAAAAAUCAGUAAUAAAAGUAAAGAGUAUAACACCUUUCAAUAUUCUAGAAGGGAGACUAGUAUGUUUAUUCAUGAUUCUAAUCAAUUAUAAACCCUCAAAUAAUGAAAUCUCUCUAUUAUAAAUUACAUAUAAUAUGUGCUAGAAACUUUUGUAAUUUAAAAAAAAAAAAUUCACUAGUUUAAGGGAGUAAUAAAUAUGAAAAUUAAAAUAUUUUUUUGGAGUGUUAAAAACAGUUGUAUUAUUUAUAUUAUAUUACAAGCAGUCCCGAUCAGGAGUUGCCUGGAAUUUAGUUUGCCAGGGCUGAGUAAAAUAAUUACAAAUAAGAUAAAAAAGUCAAGACCCCAGGCUGUAUAUUGUAAAGCUUUAGCAUACCCGUCUCGGCUUUUUUUUUGGAUCUACAUAUGUACAUUACAUUAUAUUGAUUAUAUACCCCUCUUACUCAAGGCCCCAAGUCCCAGUCCCAGAUCCCGUUCCAACAGUUAAAAGCUUGCCCAGAAUCGUGGUACAUAGAAUCGACCUAUUCCUUUAAUCAUCACCUAGCAUUCGCUCGAGUACCGUGGUUACCAUGGUUACCGAAAAAUGUUUGGUAUUUAAUGUACAAAAUUCGUGUUUGAGGCCACCCUUAGGGGUGGAAUUAUCGAAAAGUACUAUGCCAGUUAUCUUCGCGGUACUCAACAACUUCCCUAAGCUUCAUGGCGAUCGGAUGAAUAGUGUACUAAUACAUAAAGGACAUACAAACAUACAAACAUACAUAUGGAGAUUAUCAGUUAACUUUCACAAUUAUGAAUUUUACCUUCGUGAUCAUCCUAGUGUUAGAUUUCAUUACGAGUAAUUUAUAUGGGGCUCCAAUUACAAUAAAUUCGCCGUUUCAAUGUUAUAAAGAUAGCAAUCCAUAUUGGAACUUUGGAACAAAGUCUGUUUAUCCUGUUAAUGAUAAGAGACAAUUGGUUAAACCACAAGGAUGUAAAGCAAGCCAAAUAAUUAUGAUAGCUAGACACGGAACGAGAUCUCCAACCUAUGGCUUUAUCCGAAAACAGUCUAUAGAAUUGACUCAACUCAAAAACCUACUGACAACUAAUGUACUGAAAACAAAUAAUGCAAGAUUAUGUGUAGAAGACAUUGCUACUAUCAAAAGUUGGGAAAAUGCUGCAAGCAGUGAUAAAUCAGACAAAGAUCUAAAUGAACAAGGAAUUAUAGAUAUGAUGGGUCUGGGUUCAAGCAUUAGGAAGUCGUUUCCUGAACUGCUUACCACACCGUACAACUCAAUAUCAUAUGAAGUGUUAUCGGCUCCAGAAAAACGUUGCAAGGCCAGUGCUCAAUAUUUCAUGGAAUCCCUUUUAGAUGACCAUAUAAAUAUAAAAGACAUUCCAGAAUACAAAGAAGACGACAGUAGACUAAACUUAUACACCUUACAAUCUAAGAUAGAGAAUAACGCUGACAAUGUUCAAAGAAGCAAAGAAGAAGUUAAACUAUUUGAAAAAAGUGCAUUUAUGGAAAAAGUAAUAACCAAUGUAUCAAACAAGAUGGGACUACAAAACAAACUCACUCUUGGUAACAUAAGAACCAUGUAUGAGUCUUGUCGAUCUGACAAAUGUCGAUUAGUGAACUCGAUUCCUGCUUGGUGCAGAGUGUUCUGUAGAAAGGACCUCGAGACUUUAGAAUACACAGACGACCUAUACUGGUACAAUCUGUUCGGUUACGGCAACCCGUCUUACCGGUUACUAGUUUGUCCAAUGUUAAGACAUAUCAGUAGUCAUUUCAAAGAACAGGCCAAACACAUCCCGAGGACCCCGAAAGGUAUUUUUUACGUUUCACACAGGUCCAAUAUAAUCAGUGCGAUCGUCAUGUUAGGCUUAGGAGCCCCUGGCCCUAAUGAUGAACCCUUGCGACACGACAACUUUGAAAAACAGCGCGAUAGAAACUGGAGAACAACGUUUUUCAGUCCAUUCGCCGCAAACGUGAUUGGCGUGUACUACAGAUGCAAAAAGGAAGGCGACAAAGUGGCUUUCUACGUCAACGAAAGUAUCAUAAAUAUACAAUUGGACGACGGUACGUUUUGCGACUUUUGUUCAUGGGAAUCGGUCGAACAGAAAUUGAACAGAAUUAUUUCCAAAGAUUGUAACUUUGAAUAUUAAUUUUAAAAAAUAUGCGUCUUAUCAACAAGUGGCUACAAUAACAGAGGCCUGCCGACUCGUCUAAUUCCAUCUUAAUAUUUUACCUCAGUUAUUCGUUCAUUAACAAAUUCUCUUUCUGUUCCGUUUGUUAUAAUAAUUAGUACUUACAUUUUUAUAUUCAAAGAAAACGCCGCUUUUUCUUUAUAAACAACAUCCAUAAUUUUCUUAUUCGGCCUAAAUGUAUUUGAUAUUUCAUUGUUUCUUAAAUUAGCGCACCUUCUCAAUUGUCUCAUUUAACUACUAAUAAGGCUUACUUAUGUUAUAUAAACUUCCAGGAUAACGAUUGUAACAUUUUUCUUUGAAUUGAUCGUUGUUGAGUGCUAAUGUAGUUUUCAUACAAAACGUUUGUUAAUAAUAUGCCAACAAAAUAAUAAUUGAUUAUUAAAUUAACAAAUCCGACAAGAACAUAUUUUAACGAACGAAAAAAUCAACAAGUAUUAAUAAAAAAUAAACGUUUUUAAAAGUUAAUAAACCAAUUUUGUUGAAUUUAUCUAACUUGAAA